GAAGAGGAGGAGGAGGAAGAAUAGGAAGAGGGAGGUGUGUUGCUCUGCUGCCGCUGCUGCUGCUGUUUCUGGAGAAAAUCCACUCCAGAAAGACACACUUCCUCCUCUCCAGCACGGCCAGCUUUAUAAAACUUGCAGCCCACAACAUUUUCUCCCUCUCUCCACGCCGACUCGCCAUCAGAGAGGAGGAAGCUCUCCAGACGUCCACAGGCUCAUCCUUUUGUUCUCUGCAUCCCUUUUCAAUGUCUUCUGACGCUUCCUAAAGGCUGUCUAAGAGAAUCUGUGCAUCUGCAGGUCAGAUCUUCGUCACUGUGCGUCCAAAAGUUAGUUUGAGUUUCAGGUUGUUGUUUUUUUUUUUAUUUUGGAGUGCGUCUGCUCUUUUUCGUGCCAGUGUUGCUGUUUUUCACUGGAGGAAAAUGAGGGCUGAGGUGCUGGUCAUCUGGGUGGCUUUGACCCUGUGCUGCGCUCCGGUCGCUGCUCGAGAAGAUGUGGAGGAGGAGGACAAACUCUCCGGAGACCGGGUCCAGGUGAGAGAAACCCGAGGACUGGUCGAGCCCAGGAGACGGACGGAGGAAGGGGGUGUUGGAAUGUCAGACGAGCCGGCUGAAGUGGUGCCAGACGAGAGCAAAAAACCAAAGAAAAAGAAAACACCUGAGGAAAUUGAGGCAGCCAGGGCAAAGAAAGCAGCAGAGAAGGAAGCCAAAGCAAAGAAGCAGAAAGCUCCUAAACCCACCAAGAAGCCAAAAGGCCCCAAACCCACCAAGAAGCCCAAAGCGCCAAAACCCACAAAGAAGCCCAAAGCACCCAAAGCACCCAAAGCCACCAAGAAACCAAAGGCGACUACCACAGUGCAGCCCACAACAACAAAUCGUCCGGCUCUGGACGAGGAAGAGGAGCGGCUGCUGAUUGAACUGGGCUGGGACACACUGAUUCCACCUGUGACCCCGAAGGGGCCUGGAGGGGAAGAGCCCGUCGAGCCAGGCCUCGGUGAGGUGCCAGGUGGACGCCCUAUAACCACCACUACUGAGGUCAUCAUGUAUAUACCAGAGGAAGUCACCACCUUGUACGGAGACUACGAUUACCCCGACUUGGCCGCUAAGAAACAAGAAGAAGAGGAGGAGAGAGCUCGUAUAGCAAAGGCGGAAAAAGCCGAGCGGGAGAGGAAGAAGUGGGAGGAGGAGGAAGAGGAGAGACUGAAGCAGAUCUCCGUGCCGGUGGAGCCAAAAAAGUGUCCUCCUCUGGGCUUGGAGUCUCACCGGGUGGAGGACGACCAGCUGCUGGCUUCCUCGCAGUCUCACCACGGCUUCACCGCUCAGAGGGGGCGGCUCAACAUGCAGGGCUCUAAGGACGAGGAAGAUCUGUACGGCGGAGCGUGGUGCGCCGAGCCAGAAGAGAAAAACCACUGGUUUGAGGUCGAUGCCCGCCGAGAGGUGGAGUUCACGGGGGUCAUCACUCAGGGAAGAAACUCAGAGCAACUGGAGGAUUUUGUGUCGUCCUACUUUGUGGCCUUCAGCAACGACAGCCGUGACUGGACAACAUUGCAAGACGGCUACGCUGAAUGGUUAUUCUAUGGGAAUGUGGAUAAGGACACGCCGGUGUUGGGUCAGUUCAGCCCGCCCGUGGUGGCGCGCUACAUCCGCAUCCUGCCUCAGAGCUGGAACGGCAGCUUGUGUCUUCGAGCGGAGAUCCUGGCCUGUCAACUACCCAGCAGCUACCGCAGUGAGAAUGAAGUCAACCCAUCAGACGACCUGGACUUCAAACACCACAACUACAAGGACAUGAGACAGAUGAUGAAGGUGAUAAACGAAGAGUGUCCCAACAUCACCAGGAUCUACAACAUCGGUAAAAGCUCUCAGGGCCUGAAGAUGUACGCCAUGGAGAUCUCCGACAACCCUGGAGAGCACGAGACAGGUGAGCCUGAAUUUCGGUACACAGCCGGACUGCAUGGGAAUGAGGCGCUGGGUCGAGAGCUUCUCCUCCUGCUGAUGCAGUUUCUGUGCAAAGAGUACAACGAUGGGAACCCCAGAGUGCAACGCCUGGUGGACGGAGUGAGAAUACACCUGGUGCCCUCGCUCAACCCCGAUGCUUACGAGUUGGCCUUUGAGAUGGGCUCUGAGAUGGGGAACUGGGCACUUGGCCACUGGACCGAAGAAGGUUACGACAUCUUCCAGAACUUCCCCGACCUGAACAGCAUCCUGUGGGGAGCCGAGGACAGAGGCUGGGUCCCUCGCGUCGUGCCCAACCAUCACAUCCCCCUCCCAGAAAACUUCCUCAAUGGCUCUCUUGCUACUGAGACAAAAGCCAUCAUUUCCUGGAUGGAGCGCAACCCGUUUGUGCUCGGAGCUAAUUUGCAAGGAGGAGAAAAACUGGUUGCGUACCCUUUUGACAUGCAGCGUCCAGUAAUUUCAUUAACCGACAGCCGGCGUUGGAGAAGUAACGCCGACAUGAACGAGGAGACGUGGGCUCGCAUCCAGCGGCAGAGGGAUGGAUCUCUGAGGGAGACGCCCGACGACGCCAUGUUUCGCUGGUUGGCGAUGUCGUACGCCCACAGCCACCUGACCAUGACAGAGACCUACAGAGGCUCCUGCCAUGGUGACGAUAUCACCGGGGGACAGGGCAUCACCAACAGAGCUAGCUGGGAUCCAGUGGUGGGCAGUAUGAAUGACUUCAGCUACCUGCACACCAACUGCUUUGAGCUGUCCAUCUUCUUGGGCUGUGACAAGUUUCCCCACGAGAGUGAACUGCCUCUGGAGUGGGAGAACAACCGCGAGGCUCUGUUGUCCUUCAUCGAACAAGUUAAUCGAGGGAUAAAGGGUGUAGUGAGAGACGUGGAGGGAAAUCCGCUGCCUAAUGCCACCAUAUCUGUGGAGGGGAUACGGCAUGAUGUCAAAACAGCUCCAAGUGGCGACUACUGGCGGCUGCUGAAUCCCGGCGAGUACAGGGUGACGGCCAAAGUUGACGGCUACACCCCUCAGACCAGACUGUGCAUGGUGGGCUACGACUCCGGGGCCACUUCCUGCAGCUUCACCUUAGCCAAAUCCAACUGGGACCGCAUCAAACAGAUCAUGGCGAUCAACGGCAAGAGGCCCAUUCGACUGGUCACCAAAGUCAACGCGCCGAAACCGACCGCGGCCAGCAGCCCUGCGACCGCCACCGUCGACAGUCACGCCAGCGCUCAGAACGCAGAGCGACUCAGGCGGCUCCGGAUCAUGCGUUUACGCCGGCUGCGUCAGCAGAGAUUACGAGCCGGUCUUAGCACAACUCCCGCUACCACAACCACAACCACAACGACAACGACAGCAGCUCCGACAACAAUACCUGAAACAGAGAGGACAACUUCCUGGUACGACUCCUGGUUUCCGGUGGACAGUUGGAACACCGAGAACCCGUUCGAUAGCGUCAUCUUUAACUCGGCGCCCACACAGGACUAUCCUUUUGAAUACACUAUCGACUGAUUACAACAUUCAGCGACCCCACAUCUAUGUAUACCUUACUAACCACUUCAGUUUGCUGAAACAUCACAGUUUUAAAAAAAAUAUACAUAAAACACAUAGGUCGUUAAUUAUUUAGCUCUCAUAAAGUUUUCACUCGUCGGGUAAACAUUGAGUGUGGAGAUGAAUGUGACUUUAAGGGACUGUCCAUAAGAUAAAUGUGUAGGGAUGUCCCAAUCAGAUCGGGAAGUAUCGGAGCCAGGGCUUUAAAUUAACUUUUUUUGAUCACCAGCCAACAUGGCUAGUAGAUUUUGAAACUUACCAGCCAAUCAGAUUUUCCACUAGCCACGUUUGUUUUUUCCUAAAUACUUAAUUUGACGUAGCCAAAGGUUGUACAACACGUCACGACAAAGUGUUCAUGGGAAAUGUAGGAUUAGUAUUUAAAACAGCGUUGCCAAAGAAAGAUUAGGUUUCCAAGCCAAAGACGCACAAAACAGACCAAUCUGGAAACAUUUCUGCAGUCUGCCGAUUCAAACAAACCCUGUUUCCACUAAGGCAUUUUGAGGGGCGGUUUUGGAGACGGUGCUUUCGUGUUUGGACAACCGAAGAACCGUCUCUUGGACAGGAAAACUAGCAGUACGAGGGUUUGCCUUGGUGGAAACAAGGUAACCGACGCUUUGCUUCAUUCAUCAACAGCCAAACUGGCUAGUAACUUUAAAACGUUACCUGCCAAAGUAAAUUUUUACCCGCAUUUGGCAGGUUGCCGGGUGUCAAUUUAAAGCCCCGAUCGGAGCCGAUAUAGGCACUUUUUAAAUUGAUCGGGCAUUUGCAGUCACCCCGAUCCCCUUACUCCAAUAUUUACGUCAGUCAAUUUUACACCAUUCUAAGUAAAAGUUGAUUUUAUACGCAAGUUUUACAAAAAUUCUAGGUGCACAGUUAAAUGUAUUAAGCUGAAGACAUCUUUUAGUUACUUUGUUUACUUAGUUAUAAAAAAAACGUGUGCAGCUCUAUUAUCUGGGACUCUGUAUCAGCAGAUAUUGGGAUUCAAUCCAAUUGGAUUGGGAUCGGGGGCCAAAAUAUCUGAUCGGAACAUCCCAAAUGGGUUUUUGGAAAAUUCGUCACAGAGAGGUGAUCUGAAAUAGAAAGUUUCUGCUGAGCAGAGACUAUACAGAACUGAAUUGGGUCAAUAAAACAAAGUGUAUCACAUCACAAAACAGGACACCAUAAGGUACUUCUGCGUUAGAAAUGUAUGUAUAUCUUUAUGGUUUUUUUAUUAUUUUUUUAAUUUUUUUUAAUGGCUUUACAGUGUGAUUGCCGGACUCAGUUAAUCGGAUUUCAUGUACUGCGGAAUGCAUUUGAAUAAAAUGAAGUUAUUUUCUAAAUUA